UGCAUUACAUUCCUUCCUUCUUCUUUUUUCUUUUUUUUUUAUAAAUACUAGUGAUCAAUCACAGAAAAAGAUUCAAACUCUGAUUACCCAUCUGAUUUCUCUCCCAACAUUCUCUUUCUUCCUCUCACAAACUGGUCUCAAUCCAGAGAGUUUUUCCUUUUCCCCUUUUCAGCAUUGAUCAUUUGAUUACACAUUGCAUUCAAUUGAAUAUCAGUGUUUUCAAUUUGAUAAAAGAUAUUGAUUCAUUGAUUCUUUAAGUCCAUCAUUCGCCAAGAAUCAAAUCAAGAAAAAGAAUCUAAAUUUGAUAGAAUUGAAUCAAAAUUUCGCCAUGAGUUUCUCUGACCAUAUUCCAUCCUUCAUGAUGUCACCGCCGUCAUUUUCCACAGACACGGAUGCCAUUGAAGUGAGGCUUCAAUUUCCAAUGAACAACGAAUCGUUGGAGCCACAUUCACCACAGGAUCGACCCCCUUCGUUCAAGAGGGCAAGGACCUGUGAUAACAGCCUCUCCAAUGCAAUGGCAUGCCCUCCAAGGAUGAUUCAGCACCCUGCAGUUAACAAAGGAACGAGCCACAUUUUCUUCAAGACCCGCAUCUGUGCAAAGUUCAGAGUUGGUGCUUGUAGAAACGGCGAGAACUGCAAUUUUGCACAUGGGCUUGAGGACAUGAGGCAGCCGCCACCAAAUUGGCAAGAGCUUGUUGGGUUGCGCGGUGAGGAGCGGCCACCGAUGGCGGGGGAUUGGGAUGAUGACCAGAAAAUCAUACACAAGAUGAAGCUGUGCAAGAAGUAUUACAAUGGGGAGGAAUGCCCCUAUGGUGAUAAGUGUAGUUUUCUUCAUGAAGACCCUGCCAGGUUCAGGGAUGAUUCGGUGAGGUACAGGGAGAGCACAUCUAUAAGCAUUGGAACUAAUGGAUCCCCCAAGUCCUAUGGUGAUGCCUCUAAUAAUUUAGAAAGCAAUAGGGCUGUGAAUACUGGCUUAAAUGUUUUCCGGGGGAAUGUUAAAUCUACCUAUUGGAAGACUAAACUGUGCAUCAAGUUUGAGACAACAGGCCACUGCCCCUUUGGGGAUGACUGUCACUUUGCUCAUGGGCAAGCAGAGUUACAAGUUCCUGGUGGUCGCACUGAGGCAGAAACUGCAGGUGUCAAUCCAAUCUCAACUAAAGCUACCAUUCCAACCUUACCAAGAGCUACAUCAGUUUCUUCUAAUGAUGCACCUCCUAGCCACAGAGCAAGUGUACCUCCAGCAAACGAAAAGGAACGAGAUAAGAAGUAUUUACUGAAGUGGAAAGGACACAAGAAGAUCAACCGAAUUUAUGGUGACUGGCUUGACGAUUUGCCGCUCGUUCACAACUUGCCAGGUAGAGUGGGGACCUGACUUGAAGUCUGUGGUCUUGAAAAGUCUCAUCAAUUGGAUUAGGAAAUUGCAUUCUUCCCUGCAGACAAAAUUUUGAAAAAUGGGGUCACUGAUUGAUGGUGAUCAGUUCAUAGGUUUAUUUGUUCUUAUUUUUUCUGUUAAUUGUUAUAGUUUUUUUUUUUUCUUAUUAGAGAUGUGCAAUUGUCAUUGUACAUCGGGAUUUUGAUGGAUUCAAGAAUUAAGCCACAUUGGUGACAAAGAACCAAAUUCUGAAUUGUGUGGGAUCCUGAUUCGGGUUCAACAAUUUUCAAAAUUUCUGGACCCAAAUCCAGGCCUUAAAUAGGUUAAACUAUAUUAUUCUAUUUCUACUCAUACAUGAAAUAUGAUUAUCUGGUAUUUGUUAUA